CGUGUUUACGCUUUUCCAAACCCGGAAGUAAUUGUCCCUGCAGGGCUGUAGGUAUGUUUUGCAUGGAUCCACUGCUGUUUUAAAGUGUUUUGUCGACCUGAGUCGUAUCCAUCUGGAUGUUGAGUGUGAGGGCUCUGUUUGGGAUCGGCUUCCUUGUGACCUCUCGGGCCACAGCAGUCCUCACUCAGGCAGGGACAUGCCCUCUGUCAGCUGCAGCUAACAACCAUAAAAAGGACUGUUUUAGCAGCAGACCAGCAUCCACCAUGGCCCAAACCAUCAAAUAUCUUGGGCAGGAAGAGGCUCAGCAUAUUGAUGAGGAGCUCUUCAGUGAGUAUGGCUUCAGCGUGGACCAGCUGAUGGAGUUGGCUGGACUCAGCUGUGCUACCGCAAUCACCAGAGCAUAUCCUCUUACCUCACUGGUGAAGCCCAGACCUUCUGUACUGGUGAUCUGUGGACCAGGAAACAACGGAGGCGACGGCCUGGUCUGUGCCAGACAUCUCAAACUCUUUGGUUACGAGCCGACUAUUCUUUACCCGAAGAGGCCAAACAAGCCACUGUUUCAGGGUUUGACUACACAGUGCCAGAAGAUGGAGAUCCCCUUCCUUACAGAGAUGCCUGAGGCCAUAGUUAUAGAUGAAGCCUACAACCUGGUAAUUGACGCCAUCUUCGGCUUCAGCUUUAAAGGAGCUGUCAGAGAGCCUUUCGGUUCCAUCUUAGAGGCGUUGAACAAGACCACAAUCCCCAUAGCCAGCAUCGACAUCCCCUCUGGGUGGGAUGUAGAGCAGGGCAGCACAGACGGACUCCAGCCCGACAUGCUCAUCUCUCUCACUGCCCCAAAGAAAUCAGCCUUAUUGUUCAGAGGACGCUACCACUUCCUAGGAGGCCGUUUUGUACCCCCUGGUCUGGAGAGGAAAUACCAGCUCAACCUGCCUCAGUAUCCCGGCACAGACUGUGUGUUACAGCUGUAGACGAGUGGAGACAGGAACAGACAGGUGCAGACAGGUGUUUCAGAGAGGAGACAGUUUUCUCACUUCCUCUCUAAGUGUCACAGUCGAUUUGAAGUGUCGAGAUCAACAGAGGAAGACAGGAAGUAUGGAAAACAGCUAGUCUGGCUCUGUGUAAACGUAAAAUAUGCCUACACAAGCUCCUGAACUCAUCAUAUUGUAUUUAGCAACACUUACUCAGUGUUUUCUGUCGGAACAAAAAGUACUUGCACGUCUUGCACUUCUUGUACAACCGCAAAUUGUCCUUUUUCUGUUUCUGUUCAGAUGGGGAUUAAACACUAACUACAACAGAUCAAUUAUUAAUCUUUACUGGACUUGAUGGGUGUAUUUUGUGUGAUUAACAUUUGAGAGAGAAAGUCUAGCAGUUUCCGGGGAGGUGUUACAAUAGAGAUCUAGUAGCUCUUUGGAAGUGUCAAAGCUUUAAUGUAGUGGAUACUUAAUAAAGAAAUCUACACUGAAA